AUGAAGGAAAUCUACCAGAGUGUCCCAGACCGAGACUCGGCAGAAGAUUUGACCAACGAGUACUCAUCAUGGCGUGAUUUUCGACAUCAAUUUCGAGGGGGAUGGAGCCUUCAGUCAAAAAUCAUCUCUGCGAUCAAUGCAUUGUUCUUCCUCACAUCGUGCGGUGUUCUGCUCGUCUCUUGGAGAUGGCUCAAUGACCCGGUUCGACUAAUGAAGCGGGUGUCGCCUUACAGUCCUAUUCUUGACGAUCUUCCCAUCAUACUAGAAACGGUCGAAGUCAAAGGCACGCUGUUCAACGAUUAUUCACCUCCACGUAUUUGGCGUGGCCCACCUAGCGAAGUGGUCGACAAAGCCUGGGAUGACAUGGCACGUAUUGAGUACUUCGGGGUAAGUGGUGAUGCCCUCAGGAAGAUGGGCAAGGAUCCGAAAAUCUCUGUUUCUAUCCCGGAGGAGUGGGGCGUCGGAUCGGACAAGUAUCUUGUCGAGAUCGAUAUGCAACAUCAACUGCAUUGCCUCAACGCAGUGCGCAAGUAUGCUUACUUUGACUUCUACUACGGCAAUCAUUACAAGAACAUCUCGAUAGCACCAAGGAGACACCAAGCACACUUGGAGCAUUGCAUAGAUAUACUCCUACAAGCUCUCACUUGCAACCCGAGCUUGGACUUGAUCUCACAUAAUUGGAUGAAGACACAAGAAAACCCGUACCCGGAUUUCAACAUCAAGAGGCAGUGUGUGGCACACGAUCCUAUCCUGAAGUGGCAACACAAGAAUGGCAUCUCAGAGCAGAUUCUUAAAUACAAGAACCUUCCGAGACCAGAGGGGUUCCCGGAAGUAGAACCGGAGCCUUCUAUCUUGAUGAUCGGAGAAGAUCUGGGCCAUCACGAAUGA